AGAUUACUUGUGAGGUCGAUAAUUUUAAACUUUACUAAUAAAAUACUGAUCUGUAUUACCAAAAAUGCGCUUUCAUCAUGCAUAUGCUGAUUUAUUAGGUACUUGUUUUAUGAAUAUUUGCAUACCAGCCCUCCUUCUUUUACCAAAUGUAUAUAAAUUCAGUAUUCACUACUGAUAAUAAAAUUUAAUUUGAAAAUAUCAUCAUACACAUUAGCUACUAUUAUUCUAAUAAAGCUUUUUUGGAAGAUAGUUCUACGAGCAAAUGUUACUCCCAUUAAUCUGACUCUCUUUGAAUAAUCUCGUAUAGAUUGUAUAAGAAAGUGUCUGAAGCGAGAGUAUGAUCGGCACAUGUUUUCUGUCGAGUGUCCCUCCGAGGCCCAAUAUUUUAAUCGUGGGCGGAACUUUCCAGAAAUAGGUAAGUGAAAAAAUUAUUCUUUGGCUUAUAACAGACUUUUUACAUCAAUUGAUGCAAGAUAUCAAAAACAAUAAACUGAAGACUUAGUUCUUCAUUAAGGGUUCCUAGAUUGAGGGAAAAAUCAAUACUGUGUACUGAUCUUGUUGACGCGCUAACAAAAAUGUUUUUUUCAAUAUAAACUUAACGACGUGCAGCGAAAUUCAUGGUCAGCGCAUAACUUCGAAGUAAAAUUUUGAAAAGCUAAAUAUUUACAACUCUCAAAACUGAAUUCGGCACGCGCAACCUUUACACUUCCACAUAUAAAUAACUAUAUAAAGUAUGAUCAUUAAGACUGAUACAUCACUUUUAAUUUGUCGGUAUCGGUCAUCAUGUUAUUGGCCUACAUUCUUUUGGUAACCGCUCAAUUGGUGUGCAUACGAGGAGCUUGCGAUCCGGAUUAUCUGCAGACGAUAGAAUGGACCGGGGGCCCUUUCGAAUGGACGGAGAAGUCAGUAAGGGCUCUGUUUAAGUCGAGCGGGAAGUACAUUAGCAAAAAUAUUGUUGCUCAAAGGGCGCAGAUUUAUGGCGACUACUGCUAUUUGGCUCUGACCCGCUUGAGGCCAGGUGUCCCCGCGACUUUGGCUCAAGUUUCGCUGAAAUCGACCGGAAGUGACGCGAUUUUGACACCGUUCCCGUGUUGGCUGUCGCAAGAGGAGAAGAACUGCAAGGCGCUACAAUCGGUUGUGGACUUGUUCUGUGACACUCAAGGCGUUUUGUGGGCUUUGGAUUCUGGUGUUGUAAAUACGCUGCACACUAACAGUACUCCGAUUCGCUACUGUCCGCCGAAAGUCGUCGCAUUUUCCUUGAAAACUGGGAAGCUGUUGAAGACCGUUGAUCUUUCCGGUUUGGUAACACAAACCUCCCGCUUGCAGUACGUAGCCUGUGAGUAUCCACGUGGCAACCAACGGCCGGUAAUCUACGUCAGUGACGCCGCGGCGAGGUCAAUCUUAGUUUACGAUGUGGUUGCCAGUCGAGGUUAUAGGGUGGUGCUACCCCAAGUUGUCGCCAACGGAUGUAAUCGUCGCGACAUCUUAUACAUGGCGCUCGUCCGCAAAGGGUGCGGAAACAAUUACAUCAUCUUCACCUAUCUCUGCGGCAAACGCAUCUUUUCGAUCCGAACCGAUUAUCUGCGCACAGGAUCGGCUAAUGGAAGGAUCGUGGAUCUUGGUCUGAAACCUAACAAGCUCGUCAUCCUCGGUACCGAUACCGGAUCGGCCGUAUUCUUCAGAUACGAAGGCAAACAAGAGAUCUACCGCUGGGAUUCCAACACUUGUUUCAAGCAGGAAAACUUCCUGGUCGUGUACAAAGCGAGUGCGUGCUUUCUACCAACGCAGGUUAUGGCCGAUCACAACCAGCAAAGGAUGAGGGUGCUGCAGAGCAACUUCCCAGAUUAUGUCCAGCACACUGUCGGUUGCGGCGCAGUGCAACAAAUUCAUUUAAUGGAGGGUACUUGUUAAAUUGUUACUGAAAUAGAAAAU